AUGACAGAAUUAUCAGAAACAACACGUCCUUUAUUAGUUGGUCCGGACAUUGUUAGCUCGCCUUAUCCAAUAAAAAUGAAAGGAAUAGUAAUUCAAGGCUUCGGUCGGGCCAACCUUUCAGAAGCAGCGACAAAUGCCCUAUGUGAAGACGUAGAAACAGGGAUUUAUUUUGGGUGGGCACAGGUUGGCAAUGAUUUAUCCGUUUAUCCAAUGGUGAUGAGUUUAGGGUGGAAUCCUUAUUAUAAAAAUGAAAAAAAAAGUGCGGAAGUUCAUAUUAUACAUGAUUUUCUUGAAAAUUUUUACGGAGUAGAAUUGCGUGUUAUUGUGUUGGGUCGUAUUCGUCCGGAACGCGAUUAUGAUUCAAUAGAUGCAUUGAUUCAAGACAUUAAUACUGACAUAAUAGUAGCUCAAAAGUCUCUUGAGCGACCUUCAUAUAUUACUUUUAAGAGUGAUUCUUUUUUCAUGCAUUAA